GAGGUUUCCGGUGUUGUGACUGAAACCCGUCAAUAUGGCGGCGAUCGGCCGCGGCCGCUCUCUGAAGAACCUCCGAAUACGAGGGCGGAAUGACAGCGGCGAGGAGAACGUCCCGCUGGAUCUGACCCGAGAACCUUCUGAUAACUUAAGGGAGAUUCUCCAAAAUGUGGCCAAGUUACAAGGAGUAUCAAAUAUGAGAAAGCUAGGCCAUCUGAAUAACUUUACUAAGCUUCUUUGUGAUAUUGGCCACAGUGAAGAAAAACUGGGCUUCAACUAUGAAGAUAUCAUAAUUUGUUUGCGCUUAGCUUUAUUAAAUGAAGCAAAAGAGGUGCGAGCAGCAGGGCUACGAGCACUUCGAUAUCUUAUCCAGGACUCCAGUAUUCUGCAGAAGGUGCUAAAAUUGAAAGUGGACUAUUUAAUAGCUAGGUGCAUUGACAUACAGCAGAGCAACGAGGUAGAGAGGACACAAGCACUUCGAUUAGUCAGAAAGAUGAUUACUGUGAAUGCUUCCUUGUUUCCUAGUUCUGUGGCCAACUCAUUAAUUGCAGUUGGAAAUGAUGGACUUCAAGAAAGAGACAGAAUGGUCCGAGCAUGUAUUGCUAUUAUCUGUGAACUAGCACUUCAGAAUCCAGAGGUGGUGGCUCUUCGAGGUGGACUAAACACCAUCUUGAAAAAUGUGAUUGAUUGCCAAUUAAGUCGAAUUAACGAGGCCCUCAUUACUACAAUUCUGCACCUCCUUAAUCAUCCAAAGACCCGACAGUAUGUGCGAGCUGAUGUAGAAUUAGAGCGAAUUUUAGCGCCCUAUACUGAUUUUCACUAUAGACAUAGUCCAGAUACAGCUGAAGGACAGCUCAAAGAAGACAGAGAAGCCCGGUUUCUAGCCAGUAAAAUGGGAAUCAUUGCAACAUUCCGGUCAUGGGCAGGUAUUAUUAAUUUGUGUAAACCUGGAAACUCUGGGAUCCAAUCUCUAAUUGGAGUGCUUUGCAUACCAAAUAUGGAAAUAAGGCGGGGUCUACUUGAAGUGCUUUAUGAUAUAUUUCGUCUUCCUCUACCUGUUGUAACAGAGGAGUUCAUAGAAGCACUUCUCAGCGUGGAUCCAGGAAGGUUCCAAGAUAGUUGGAGGCUUUCAGAUGGCUUUGUAGCAGCUGAGGCAAAAACUAUUCUUCCUCAUCGUGCCAGAUCCAGGCCAGAUCUCAUGGAUAAUUAUUUGGCAUUGAUACUCUCUGCGUUUAUUCGUAAUGGACUUUUAGAAGGUUUGGUUGAAGUGAUAACGAACAGUGAUGACCAUAUCUCAGUUAGAGCUACUAUCCUUCUAGGAGAGCUGUUACAUAUGGCAAACACAAUUCUUCCUCAUUCACAUAGCCAUCAUUUGCACUGCUUGCCAACUCUAAUGAAUAUGGCUGCAUCCUUUGAUAUCCCCAAGGAAAAGAGACUGCGAGCCAGUGCAGCACUAAAUUGUUUAAAACGCUUCCAUGAAAUGAAGAAACGAGGACCUAAGCCUUACAGCCUUCAUUUAGAUCACAUUAUUCAAAAAGCAAUUGCAACACAUCAGAAACGGGAUCAGUAUCUUCGAGUUCAGAAAGAUAUAUUUGUUCUUAAGGACACAGAGGAAGCUCUUUUAAUGAACCUUAGGGAUAGCCAAGUCCUUCAACAUAAAGAGAAUCUUGAAUGGAAUUGGAAUCUUAUAGGGACCAUUCUUAAGUGGCCAAAUGUAAAUCUAAGGAACUAUAAAGAUGAACAGUUGCACAGGUUUGUAAGAAGACUUCUUUAUUUUUAUAAGCCCAGCAGUAAAUUGUAUGCCAACUUGGAUUUGGAUUUUACCAAGUCCAAGCAGCUCACAGUGGUUGGUUGCCAAUUUACAGAAUUUCUUCUUGAGUCUGAAGAGGAUGGGCAAGGAUAUUUAGAAGAUCUUGUAAAGGAUAUUGUUCAGUGGCUCAAUGCCUCAUCUGGAAUGAAACCUGAAAGAAGUCUUCAAAAUAAUGGUCUAUUGACUACUCUUAGUCAACACUACUUUUUAUUUAUUGGAACACUUUCUUGCCACCCUCAUGGAGUCAAAAUGCUGGAAAAAUGCAGUGUAUUUCAGUGCCUGUUAAAUCUUUGCUCCUUGAAAAACCAGGAUCACUUGCUAAAACUGACUGUUUCUAGCUUGGACUAUAGCAGAGAUGGAUUAGCUAGAGUCAUUCUAUCAAAAAUCCUAACAGCAGCUACUGAUGCCUGCAGGCUAUAUGCAACAAAACACUUGAGGGUAUUAUUGAGAGCUAAUGUUGAAUUCUUCAAUAAUUGGGGAAUUGAGUUACUAGUGACUCAGCUACAUGAUAAAAACAAAACAAUUUCUUCUGAAGCUCUGGAUAUCCUCGACGAAGCUUGUGAAGACAAGGCCAAUCUUCAUGCUCUUAUUCAGAUGAAGCCAGCUUUAUCCCACCUUGGGGACAAGGGUUUGCUUCUCCUCCUAAGAUUUCUCUCCAUUCCAAAAGGGUUUUCCUACCUGAAUGAAAGAGGUUAUGUAGCAAAACAGUUAGAAAAGUGGCACAAGGAAUAUAUCAAAUAUGUUGACUUGAUUGAAGAACAACUUAAUGAGGCACUAACUACAUAUCGGAAGCCUAUUGAUGGUGAAUAUGUUCGUCGGAGUAACCAAAGAUUACAGCGUCCUCAUGUCUACCUGCCUGUACACCUUUAUGGACAACUGGUACACCACAAAACAGGCUGUCAUUUAUUGGAAGUACAGAAUAUUAUUACAGAACUGUGUCACAAUGUUCGAACACCAGAUUUGGAUAAAUGGGAAGAAAUUCAAAAACUGAAAGCAUCUCUUUGGGCCUUGGGAAAUAUUGGCUUCAAUUGGGGUCUCAAUUUGCUACAAGAAGAAAAUGUGAUUCCUGAUAUACUAACUGCAAAACAGUGUGAGGUUCUUUCCAUCAGAGGGACCUGUGUAUAUGCUGGGCUAAUAGCUAAAACCAAACAAGGCUGUGAUAUUCUGAGUCACAACUGGGAUGCUGUGAGGCAUAGUCGAAAACAUCUGUGGCCAGUGGUACCAGAUGAUGUGGAACAACUCUGUAAUGAGCUCUCAUCUAUCCCAAGCACCCUGAGCUUGAACUCAGAGUCAACCAGCUCUAGGCAUAAUAGUGAGAGUGAAUCCGCACCAUGAGUGAGUAUGUUCAUUAUGGAGGAUGAGUUUGGCAAGCAGUUCUACUAGUACCUUUUCCUUGACAUCAAUGAAGAUCAGAGCCAGCAUUUUAUGACAGACCUUGGACACAUCAAGGAUAAAAAUUCAUUUCCGUUCUUUGCUUCUAGUAAACUUGUGAAGAAUCGUAUCUUAAAUUCACUUACUUUGCCUAAUAAAAAAUCGUAGUGCAGUGAUCCAAAAGGAGGAAAAUGUUCAUCUGAAAAUAAGGACAAGCAACAGACGAAUCAGAACACUACGGAACCCAGCGUAGACUUUAAUCAUGGUGAUGAUUUUACACCUGUAUCCACAGUUCAAACAUUACAAUUAGAAACUUCAUUGUUGGGAAAGCACAUUGAUGACAUUGGUAGUACUCCAAGUAUUGGAGAGAAUGAUAAAAUUCACCAAGAGUUUUGUACAGAGAAUCACAAAGAAAACACAAGCCGAGAAAGGUUAGUUGUAGAAAGUUCAACAAGCUCACAUAUGAAGAUCCGUAGCCAAAGUUUUAAUACAGAUACCACAACAAGUGGCAUAAGUUCAAUGGUUCAAAGUCCUUCACGAGAGACAGUAGGUGUAGAUGCUGCAACUAUGGACACAGGACUGUGGAGUAUGAGUACUGGUGGUAGUACGAAAACUGUUAAGACAAGCCACUAUUUGACACCACAGUCUAACCAUCUGUCUCUUUCCAAGUCAAACUCAGUGUCCCUGGUGCCUCCUGGUUCUUCUCAUACACUUCCUAGAAGAGCACAGUCCCUAGCACCUUCUAUUGCUACAAUUAAAAGUUUAGCAGAUUGUAACUUCAGUUAUACAAGUCUAGAGAUGCUUGGCUACGCUACAUUGAAAAGAUUACAGCAGCAAAGAAUGCAUCCAUCCUUAUCUCACUCUGAAGCUUUGGCAUCUCCAGCAAAAGAUGUGCUGUUUACUGAUACAAUCACCAUGAAGGACAACAGUUUUGAGUCCAGACUAACACCAAGCAGGUUCAUGAAAGCUUUAAGUUAUGCAUCAUUAGAUAAAGAAGAUUUAUUAAGUCCCAUUAAUCAAAAUACCCUGCAGCGAUCCUCCUCAGUUAGGUCCAUGGUGUCCAGUGCUACAUAUGGUGGCUCAGAUGACUACAUUGGUCUUGCUCUUCCAGUAGACAUUAAUGAUAUAUUCCAGGUAAAGGAUAUUCCUUAUUUUCAGACAAAAAACAUACCUCCACAUGAUGAUCGAGGUUCAAGAGUAUUUGCCCAUGAUGCAGGAGGUCUUCCAUCUGGAACUGGAGGUCUUGUAAAAAACUCUUUUCAUUUGCUACGACAGCAAAUGAGUCUUACAGAAAUAAUGAAUUCAAUCCAUUCAGAUGCAUCUUUGUUUUUAGAAAGUACAGAAGAUACUGGACUACAGGAGCAUACAGAUGAUAACUGCCUUUAUUGUGUCUGUAUUGAAAUUUUGGGUUUCCAGCCCAGUAACCAACUAAGUGCAAUAUGUAGUCAUUCAGACCUUCAAGAUAUUCCAUAUUCUGAUUGGUGUGAGCAGACUAUCCACAAUCCCUUAGAAGUGGUUCCCUCUAAGUUUUCAGGAAUUUCUGGAUGCAGUGAUGGGGUAUCUCAAGAAGGCUCAGCUAGCAGCACCAAAAGCACAGAAUUAUUAUUAGGUGUCAAAACAAUUCCAGAUGAUACACCAAUGUGCCGUAUACUCCUUCGCAAAGAAGUUCUAAGAUUAGUAGUUAAUUUGAGUAGUUCAGUUUCAACUAAAUGUCAUGAAACUGGACUUUUAACAAUCAAGGAGAAGUAUCCUCAAACAUUUGAUGAUAUCUGCCUUUACUCUGAGGUUUCUCAUUUGCUGUCACACUGCACAUUUAGACUUCCAUGUCGGAGGUUUAUACAAGAAUUAUUUCAAGAUGUACAGUUUUUACAAAUGCAUGAAGAAGCAGAGGCUGUGCUAGCAAUACCACCAAAGCAACCUAUAAUCGAUACAUCUGCUGAAUCCUGACCUCAUAUUUAUGAUGUGUAUAGAUAUAUACUAUAUAUAUUCAUAGUUGUGGAUUUCCUGAAAGCCUCAGAAAAUACUGACUGACUGGGCAGCAAAGACAGGAGUAUCUUCUGCACACUGUUCCAGCAAUUACUGGUACAUGAACAGUUGGAACUGCUGAUUUCCCUAACCAAAACAACUUCCUUCUCUCCCCUCUUGAGCCCUUUGAAGGGUUUAUGAUUCAUUACACAAUUUUGAAAAUUUCAGUUACCAUCAUAUGCAAGAGCCAAGCACUGAAUACCUACAUGGGUUUUCUAUUUUUUCAUUUUAAAAACAUAAUGACAGUGGAAUAAUAAUAGGAUAUGCAGAAGCGCCCUUCACAUUGUUGUUUCUGAAUUUUUUUUUUAGAGUAAAUAUAAAGAUGCCUUGUUUGUUAACUAAAUUCGUGGAAACCAGGAAUCAGUGUCUCUAAGUCUGCAUCCUGUUACCACAAUGGGGUGUGCUGUAACUGCUGGUAUUAGAGGGGAACUUUGGCCCUUCCACAUUUUCUUAAUGUUUGUAACACUACUUCAGAGGUUUAUAACCUCAAAGCAAAAGAAGAGCCUCAACAACCCAGGACUUGUAAGUUAUUUUUAUGUUAUUAGACUACAUAAAGAUUCUUAUUUCUUUUCCACCUCUUCAGUUUUGUUGCAAUGUGUUAUUAUAGGCUAUUUGAACCCAUUAAGGUUUUUCACUACAGUUCCUGAUUAAAAUUUUAAAAUCAUUUGAUAGGUCAAUUGAAAGUAUUUCCCAUUUAUAGAAUGCAUAUAUUUCCAGAGGACUUCCAUUUUCAUCAGUUUCCUAUAUUAUCAUUUUAAACAGGAACGUGAACAAGCACUAUUACUUUAGACCCAGAGUAAAGGAAAGCAUUAAAUAAUACUUCAGAAAUCCCAUGGAAGAUAAGUUUGCCUGCAAUUUACACAUUCCAUGGGAAAAGAAGAGCCAUAUUUCCUUUUAAAAAAUCAUUAACAAAACUCAUUAUUAAUAUUAAAACUUGUAGUGAAAAGCCUUAAGUCCUAAAUUUUAAAGCAGCAGUAAUUUAAUUUUUAUAUCAGUGUUCUUGUUUUGCACAAACUAAAUAAAUGCAGUGAUUUUGCCUUUA